AUGAAUAAGAAAAGUUUACCUAUUCGGUUACUUGAAUAUAUCUAUCAUUAUAAUGUUUUCAUACCUGAUGAGGAUGAUUAUGAUGAUGAUUUAGAUGAUAACAAUGAUAAAGUAAGAGAUCCUGCACUUACUCUUAAACAACAAUUAUAUACAACUCGAUUAUAUAUUCCUCUUUUUAUCAUCAUCCUAUACAUUCUUACUUUCAUUGCUUUUGUCAGUCCACAAGAUCGAUUGAUCACUGCCACUAAUAUAACUCCAGAACUUUUCAAUCAACUCUCUAUCGAACAUGCUGAUACACUUUCUUGUCCUUGUUCAACUAUUGCUGUGCCAUAUGAAAUAUUUGUAUUAAAUACGAUCUCUUUUCAUCCAGUAUGUUCGAGUAUCUAUGUGAACAAAGAAUGGAUUCAAGCACUUUAUUUAUCUUAUGCCAGUUCACUAUUAGUGACAGAUUUUCGAACAACUGCUAAAUCUCAAUUUGAACUUCUUGCUGACUUCUGUUCAAUUUGUCAGAAAACAGUUUUUGAAUCUCUAAGUGAUCUGAAGAAUGAACAACUUGUUACUGUUCAAUUACUUUCAGAAGAUCAAGUUCGUUCUCAAAUAUGGGCUAAUAUUGAUCUAAUCAAGAGUAGUAUACCUGCUCAAAUCGAAAGUAUAGUGAAAUUAUUACAGAUAACAACUCAAUCAAACUCUCUCACUUCUGCUCUCAAUACCAAUAUACAUGCUUUUACAGGUUUGACCUAUGCUCAAACACCAUUCAUUGAACCACUCUCAACCCGUUUUUAUGAUGAAAAUAAGACUUACGCACUUAAUUUCUUUGCUCAAACUUGCAAUGUAAUAAAUGGAACAGCAUUUGCUGGUUUCUAUUCACUGUCACCGUUUGACAGUAUGAGUAAGCAUUUCCAAUGGCCCCUAUAUUAUCCAUAUUUACCAAAUAAAAUAAUUCCUAACGCAACAGUCGAUGGAUUCUUUAGUGGAUGUACUCCACUUGAUGGUUUGCUUGUCAGUACACUGGAUUGCUUAUACAGUAGCACUUGUCUUAAGAACUUUGCCGAUUAUUUUCCAGAUCUCAAUCAGAUAAAUUUCACAUGGUCAAAUGGUCUUUCAGCUUCAUUUCAAAAAAGAAUUCCUGUCAAAGAUCUUUUAUCUGAAUUGUUUGUAGAAGAAUGGUCACCUAUGAUCAAUUACACACAAUAUUUUACUUCAUGUGCUCCAAAAAGAUGUACAUAUACUGAAAUUAAUCAUAUGAAUCUUUUCUAUACUGCUGCUCUUUUACUGGCUCUUUAUGGUGGUCUCACCAUUCUACUUCGUUUGAUUACAUCAUUUUCAGUUUCUGUUUUCUUCAAACUCAAACAUCGCUCAACUAAUAACAAUCUUAAUCGUGAUAGUGUAUGUAUUUUUCUGCUAUAUAAAUCACUCGAUGUGCAGACAGCCAAUAUAAUUGUAUCAAAACCUUUGUUGACAACAUACAAACAAUUACAAAAAUCGCAUCCCGAUUCACUUGAAUGUUCUUGUUCAAAUAUUGCAAUACCAUUUCAAAAAUUUGUCACAUGGUCACCAAGACUUCAUCAAUUGUGUUCAAGUGAUUUUAUCACCGAGAAAUGGAUUUCUUUAGUAUCGCUUACUCAGCUAGGGUGGUUGGGAUGGGAUGAAACAAAUUGGUUUGGUUUCAGUGGUACACAUUUUCGUUUUUUAUCCACUCUAUGUCAAUUAGCUAACAAAACUGUAACGGAUGCUAUUCAUCGAUUUGAUAUACAAUCGUUCAUUACACUCAAUGUUACUACUGAAACUAGUUUUAAUAUUCAGUUAGAUAUAAUUGUCAAUGAAUUCGCUCAAUCGUUCAUUACAAAUUUUGAUCUUCUUAUUCAGACAGUACAACUACUUACUCAAACAGACCAACCUUAUACAAUAGAUCGCAAUGCAGUUUUAUUUUAUUUAACAACACAAGAUGAAAUCAAUGGUGCACAAUAUGCUCGGGUUGGAUUUCAAUUCACUGGUCCGGUAAGCCCCGAGACCAAGAGUGUAUCAUGUAUCUGUGCUACAGAUCCUCAUUGUCAAACACCAGUUUUUGAUCCUGUGAAUACGACGAUACUAUCUACUGCUCAUCAAUUUUCUGAAGUGAUAGGAACAAUGCAAAGCUGUUAUGUUGUUGAUUCUGUGCUGCUGUCAACACUUGAAUGUUAUUACUUACAUUCGUGUGUGUCGAUUGUCUAUAAAUUCAUAAACGACAUAUUUAACGACUUAGAUUCAGGUAUCUCAUAUUUCGAUGUUAAUAUUCUUGUUAAUGAUUCAGCAUCGAGUCGUUUUCCUCCGAACACAUCACUUUCAACAAUAGUCAAAGCAUUACUGGUUGAAGAAUGGAAUCCAGUAUUUUCAUUUGAUCAGUAUUAUGAGCAAUGUGCCCCUAGCAAGUGUACUUAUUCACAGGAAGUACGUACUACUGAUUUUCUUGGAGUAAUAAUAUUUGUGAUAUCGAUAAUCGGUGGUCUUAUUGCUGGUGUAAGAUUAAUUGCAUCUUUACUGAUUAAAAUGAUUGCCGUUUUAUGGAAGAUCAAACGACGACCAAAGACACCUCAACAACCAGCAUCGUCACUAUCAUUCAGUCGAAUAAAGAAAAAUAUAUUCAAACUGAUUAAGCUGUUACCCACUAUACUAACCAAUCUAAAUAUCUUUCCAAGACGAACUUUCGGAGGACAUUUUCAUUCUGAUAAAGCAAAAUAUUUUGGUCAAUUAUCAACACGACUUUAUAUCAUUCUUCUUAUCAUAACUAUGAUUAUUUUGGCAUUCUGCAAUGUCAUCCAAUCACGAAUUAUAAUAAAGACUUUUGAUAAACCAACUAUUGAUGUUUACAAUAGUCUUCUACUUACCCAUAGUGACACUCUUCAAUGUCGUUGUUCAUCGAUUUCAUCAACAUACAAUCAUUUUGUUCAAAUUCAACCCGUUUUUCAUCAAAUAUGUUUAAGUCCAUUUAUUUCAGAACAAUGGCGAACGAUGAUCACUUCAAAAUUAUAUCCAGAUCUGUCUAUCUAUCAUGAUCGAGAUUAUCGUCGUUUUCUUUCAUCUCAUUUACAACUUCUCUCUGGACUAUGUUCUGAAGCGAUGCAAUCAGUAAAUAGUUCUAUUGAUCAACUUCUUUCUUCAUUUUUUCUUACUGAUCAACUUGUAUCACCGACUACACUUGCAAGUCGUAUCAAUUCACUUGUGAAUAGCAGUCAAUCGAAUGCUCCUAAUUCUUUCAUCGGUCGUCUAUCACUUAUUCGAUCCAUCAAUUAUGGCAAUGCUAUUAUGUCAGCUUAUGGAACAAAUUUUCAAUACAUUGUUCCUUGGGGAAAUC